AUGUACCAAAGUGCUUGUAAUGCUGCUACGACGGGGUCUUGCAAUGCAGGGGUGGAAACAGAUCGCGAUGGUAAUCAACAAGCUGCAUUAAUAUCUCAGGAACCACCAACAGCCCCAAUUGAACCAGACUAUAGUGGUUUCGACAUUGUAAAAGCUACUCAGUAUGGUGCAAUCGCAAGAGUAAGGGAAUUGGUUGAGGCUGGUUGGGAUGUAAACCAGCCUGAUAGCGAAACAGUUACACUUCUACAUUGGGCAGCCAUAAAUAAUAGACGUGAUAUUAUUCGCUAUUUUUUAGAAAAGGGAGCAGCUGUAGAUGCGAUUGGAGGAGAAUUAAGUGCCACACCAUUGCAUUGGGCAACAAGACAAGGACAUCUGGGUGCUGUAGUAUUAUUAAUGUCAGCUGGUGCUGAUCCCAGAAUACGUGAUGCAGAAGGCUGCUCUUGUAUACAUAUUGCGGCACAAUUUGCUCAUACAGCCUUAGUUGCGUAUUUCAUUGCCAAAGGUGUAGAUCCUAAUUUACAAGAUCGCGGUGGUAUGACUGCGUUAAUGUGGGCUGCUUGGAAGGUUUGUGCUUUAGAUCCUGUAAGAUUAUUAUUAACACUCGGAGCAAACCCAGCAAUGGUUGAUUAUACUCAUGGCAACACUGCAUUACAUUGGGCAAUAUUAGCACGGAACGCGACUGCUAUUUCAACACUUGUGCUAAAAUCGAAAGCUUCAUUGGAAGUGCCGAAUCUACGCGGAGAAACACCUUCUUCCAUGCUUGAGACACAAACCGGUGCUAUUUGGAUAGGUGCUAAAGUAAUGGACAGGGUGAAAGAAUCGUCUCUUUCAUCACAGCAGAAAAGGUCAUUAGUGCAACGUUUACGGCAUGACAAACGACUGCGCUGGUGGGCUAUGGUUGCUAGCCCAUUUACUGGGUUUUAUUUAAUUGGAAUUGUUUUCACGCUCAACAUACAAUAUAUUAUAAAAUUUUUUUUCCUUGGUUGCUUGUAUUCGAUAUUUCAUUCACUUGGCAAGGCCUUAUUUGAUGAACAUCUCAUGGCCUUACUACCACUCAGUGUUUACUUAGCGACGAAAAUAUGGUUUUAUAUCACAUGGGUUAUGUUUAUUGUUGACGCGGUAUCUUUCGCUGAAACAGUUUGCUUCCUCAUUUGCUCAAUUGCUUUAUGGAUAUGUUUUCUUAAAUCAUGGAAAGGAGACCCCGGCAUUAUAAAACCAACUCAGGAACAAAGAUUUAAGACUAUAGUUGAACUAUCUGAACGUGGAGGUAUUGGUUUUGAACCAUCCUCCUUUUGUUCCGGCUGUCUUGUGCGUCGCCCUAUUAGAUCAAAACACUGUAGUGUAUGUGACAGGUGUGUGGCUCGAUUUGAUCAUCAUUGUCCGUGGGUGGGCAAUUGUAUUGGGCUUAAAAACCAUGCUUACUUUAUGGGAUUUUUAUGGAUGUUACUCAUUAUGUGCGCAUGGAUGUUAUAUGGUGGUACCAGUUUCUACUUAAAUGAAUGCAACGUGCGUUUUGAUGACUUUUUAGAGGGACUACGACGAAUAAGUAACUGCAAUGCAUGGGUUGGUUGGGUAAUGGGAAAUGCAAUGUUACACAUGUCUUGGGUUGUUUUGCUAACUGUAUGCCAAACAUACCAAAUGAUAUGUUUAGGCAUGACCACAAAUGAACGAAUGAAUCGUGGAAGGUAUAGACAUUUUCAAGCCAAAGGUGGCAAAAGCCCUUUUACACGUGGGGUAUUUAAUAAUUUGGUGGACUUCUUAGAAUGUACAUGUUUCGGUUUAGUUAAGCCUAAGCGAGUGGAUUGGAUGAACUUUUAUGAAAUGGAUAUUGAACUAAACAAGAAAAUAGAACAACAACCACUGUUGCGCAGUGGUGAAAGUUUAGACGCACCAAAUUAUCAGUAUGUGUAGGAUAAGUCGAAUCGGGAUGCGGUGACGAGAAAAGCACCAAUUGUUAAUUUAUAGGUGGCUUAGAAUUUAACCAAAUUAAUAUGCAAAGAGCUAAAGUUAUAGAUUAAGUUUCUUCAAUUAAGUUAUAUAUAUUUUUUUAAAAUGUAUAUAGAUGUGAUAUUUUCAAACGCAAACAGUUAGUUGCAUUGAAAUAUUUUUAGUAGUUAUUUUCUGCAUAUACAAAAUAGAUUUAAUAUUAAUAUGUGCUUAAUGAGUUAGUUUAUCUGCUUAUUAAAUUAUGAACAAAACAAUAACAAAAUAUGUUAA